GGUAACCCCCGGCUCGUGCUGCCAUUGCCCGGCUCCCUGUCACUCAGCCCGCGCCGGGCCCGGGAUUGGCAGCUUAGCUCCGUUACGCACUCACCUCGCGUUCACAUACCCGGGGAGGGCAGUAGAAAGGUGAUCAAUCUUCAUCAGGCUACAUUUCCAAUCACCUAAACAACUCGGCAAGACAAGCCACUCCGACAAGGUAAAUCGCUUGAUUUAUUUAGUUUGCGAAGUUCUUCUGCAGGGCUUCCCCAGGCCCCACCGCCUCCACUUUGUACCUAGAGGGCAACGGCAGCCGCGAGCCGCCUCCCAACUCUGCCCCCUCACCUCCCACCCUCCCCCUUGCGGCCCCUCGGCGCGGUCCUGGGCGAGAUUGUGUCCGAGGAACGUGUAGAGCUUUCCAAACAAAGUGUCUGUGCAAUAAAGUGAAACCUGGAGGGACACUCACAAAGCCACUGAAAAGAAAGAGAAGGGUUGGCUGCUCGGCAGGUCUGUGUGAGGGCGCGAGGUAGAUGGUGAGCGGCCCCGGCAGCUGAGGGCAGCGAUGCCCUACUAGUGUCUUUGACCCAUUCCAAGCCCAAAAAGAGGCGAUGACAACCUUUUCAAAGAAGCUGAGGUCUUUUGGGCCAGGCCCCCAGACGCAAUAGAGCUUGAAGGACUGCGCGGUGGGAGCCCCGCACUGCGCCUGGCCCCGGCCCCCUGGAUCCUUCGGGACGCCUCCACCCGGCUGUUAGCAUGAUGUCUUACCUCAAACAACCUCCUUAUGGCAUGAACGGGCUGGGCCUGACCGGGCCCGCCAUGGACCUUCUGCACCCCUCCGUGGGAUAUCCGGCUACCCCGCGGAAGCAGCGGCGGGAGCGCACCACCUUCACGCGCUCGCAGCUGGACGUGCUGGAGGCGCUCUUCGCCAAGACUCGCUACCCUGACAUCUUCAUGCGCGAGGAGGUGGCGCUCAAGAUCAAUCUGCCAGAGUCCAGAGUCCAGGUCUGGUUCAAGAACCGCCGUGCCAAGUGCCGCCAGCAGCAGCAGAGCGGGAACGGCACCAAGAGCCGCCCAGCCAAGAAGAAGCCGUCCCCGGUGCGGGAGAGCUCGGGCUCGGAAAGCAGCGGCCAGUUCACGCCGCCCGCUGUGUCCAGCUCCGCCUCGUCCUCCAGUUCGGCGUCCGGCGCCUCCGCCAACCCGGCAGCUGCGGGCCUGGGAGGGAACUCGGCGGCGGCGGUCCCGUCGUCGCUGAGUACGCCGGCCACCUCGUCCAUCUGGAGUCCGGCCUCUAUCUCGCCAGGCUCAGCACCCGCGUCGGUGUCGGUGCCUGAGCCGCUGGCCGCCCCUAGUAGCGCAUCGUGUAUGCAGCGCUCGGUAGCCGCGGGCGCUGCGUCAGCGGCAGCCUCGUACCCCAUGUCCUACGGCCAGGGCAGCAGCUACGGCCAGGGCUACCCUGCGCCCUCCUCUUCCUACUUCGGCGGCGUGGACUGCAGCUCCUACCUAGCGCCCAUGCAUUCGCACCAUCACCAGCUCAGCCCCAUGGCACCCUCCUCCAUGGCGGGCCACCACCACCACCAUCCGCACGCGCACCAUCCGUUGAGCCAGUCCUCAGGCCACCACCAUCACCAUCACCACCACCACCACCAGGGCUACGGCGGCUCCGGGCUUGCCUUCAACUCUGCCGACUGUUUGGAUUACAAGGAGCCUGGUGCCGCCGCAGCUUCCUCCGCUUGGAAACUCAACUUCAAUUCGCCCGACUGUCUGGACUAUAAGGACCAAGCUUCAUGGCGGUUCCAGGUCUUAUGAGCCCAGGAGUGGAAGAGGAGGAACGCACUACCUGCGUCCUCCGCAGUCCCGUCCUGCUGCUGCACCACCCGCCUUUGCCUCGGCUUCUCCAGACUUGAAUUCUCAUGCCCCCAAAAGAUGCCCUUUGCCUGCACUGCCACCCUCAUCUUCGUGCCAUUUGCUUGGGAGAUGUGCACACCCGCCCACCCCUUGGAUGAGGGGAUCGGUGCUUUGGCUUGGAGCACAAGUUCGGUAGGCGAGCUGUGUGCUCCCCUCCUCAAGCCCUAACAAACUCCUAAGUCACCCUCUUCCAGUCUUUCUGGACAGUUAUGCACUUGGAGUCUUCGGAGGCUUUUCGCUCUGACUCGUUGUUUGGGCACUACACUUUUAUUUAUUCUUUCUGGACACUGGAGUCACUUGAUGGCAUGUGUCUGCCCAUUGGCGUGCACCCACACUCUACUCCAAAUCAAAAUAGCCACUAAGUAUUUCUCGCGUGCACAUUGCUGCCCCUUCAGCUGCCCUUGGCCCAGAUCCCCGCCUGCAAGCCAGAGCUUCCUGGCGUUCCCUCCUCCCGAGCCGGACGAGCUGGGGCAAUGCCCCAGGGAGCAGAGCGCCCCUACGCUCUCGCGCACAGCCCUGCCCUGCGUAGAACUGGCUCUAGCUUCCGCCUCGGCGGCGGGAAUGUUGUACAUAGCCAGGCCCGUUCCAGGGACCACUUAAACUUUAAAGUUGCUGUUGGUUGAACUGAGCAUAUGUCAUCUUAGAGCCCAGGAAAUAGAACUUUAAGAUAUAUACAGCAUAUAUAUAUGCAUAUAUAUACGUACACACACACACACACACACACACACACACACACACACACAUACAUAUAUAUAUAAAACAAAAGCAAAAAAUAUUUCCACUCAGUCCCCCUUUCUCGCUUUCUCCAUCGAUGGCGCUUUUACUUUUUCUGUUGUUGCAAAGCUGGCCUACCCUCUCACACCUUUUCUCUCUUGUGUAUUUAUUAAAGAGGAUUACUUUUGAUUAUUGGAAGCUGGGCUCGGAGGAGUGGGAGGGCCCGCGAGUGUGCAGGAAACAACCAGGUUAGGGUACAGGGGAGGGGCUAGGCUAGGCAGGCGCGCAGGACUGAGCCCUUCACCAGGUCUAAGCACAGGGUUGCCGUUCAGGUUUAGAGACCAAAAACAAAAGAAAAGAAAUAAAUAAAAACAUAUCAUUAUGGAAAAACAAACGGACAAACCCAGGCCCUAAACCCUGGUUACAAAUCCUCUGUCGGUUUCUCUCGCUUUAAACAAUCCCGUUUUGUCUAGUGAGUUUUUAGUGCACCUUCAUUCUCCGAAAUCUGCGGAAAGCCCGCGCCUGUGUAUCAAUUUUGGCUUUGGCCGUUUUGUCCAGUAGGUGGGAAAGUAAUUUGUAAAUUUGAUUUGUCCGAUGUGAAGAUCACAAAUUACUUGUUGAAAUGUAAGGCAGUUCCCUUCCUCCCCCUUUAUCUACAUUAUUUCCCUAAAAUAAAUGCAAAUUACUGAACGGCU